CUUCCUUUAGCUAGCUUUAUCAACAGCGGGAGAGAAACAUCACAAGUUAUGCCUAAAAUAAGCUCGGACACGCUAUGGGAGCUGGCUGCAGCGGAGGUCCAGAAUCGGGACACAGGAGGCGGAGAGGAGGACGGAGGAGAGACGGUCAGCGAGAGGAGCGUGUUUCUGAUGGGAAGCAAGGCUGGAGGUAAAACGUCCAUUCUCCUCAGGUGUCUCGACAGGGAUGAACCACCAAAGCCCACUCUGGCUCUGGAGUACACUUUUGGCAGACGAGCCCGAGGACACAACACACCCAAAGACAUCGCCCACAUAUGGGAGCUCGGAGGAGGGACCUCUUUGUCAGACUUAGUCCAAAUUCCUAUCACGCCCGUCAGCAUCAGGGCCCUCUCUGUCAUCCUCAUUCUGGACCUGUCUAAACCCAACUCUCUAUGGGGUACCAUAGAAAAGCUGCUACAGGCUGCACAAGCUCAGGUGGAGAAAGUGACUUCUCAGGCUCAGCGAGCAGAAAAGGCCCAAACUGGAGCCAAACACCAGGCGUCUGUCCGCUCAGCAGCUCGUGUCUUACCUAAAGACUAUCCUGACAGAGAACUGAUCAGUCCCUUUCCUGUUUCUCUACUCAUCAUUGGCAGCAAGUAUGACAUCUUUCAGGAGAUGGACUCUGACAAGAAGAAAGUGGUUAGUAAAACACUGCGCUUUGUUGCCCACUACUACGCAGCCUCUCUCAUUUUCACUAGCAUCAAGUCGGAGAGUCUGUUAUCAAAAACAAAGAGCUUCUUCUCACACCUGGCAUUCGGUCUGGACAGAGGGAAAACUGUGUCCCUUGACUCGACCAAGCCCCUCAUCAUUCCAGCAGGGUCCGACUCCUUCAGCCAAAUAGGGUCCCCUCCUGCUAAUGAUGUGGAUAUUACUUCUCUGCAUGCCAAAAACCCAAAGGACCUCUGGAAGAAAGUCUACGAGCGUGUCUUCCCCCCAGAGAGUAAAAAUGAGCAGCAGGAACUGAAGGAUCCCGCAAAGGACCCACAGUACAGUGAGCCUCAGAUUGAUGCCAUGAGAACACAGAAAGAUCAGGAGUUGGAGCAGUAUAAGAGGAAUGCAGCAAAGUUAUGGAAAGGACUGGAGCUGGAGACAUGAGAUAUAAUUAGCUUUAUUGUCAC